AUGGCCAGUCAACUCGGGCUCUUUCCCUUUUCAUCUGUGAUACCGACCAACCUUGUUGGGCCUCUGCUGACUGACGAUACUGCCGUCGGUUUCUCGAGCUUGUCCACCUGUUUGGGCCCUGUUGGCGACUUUGAGGCGAGUCCCACUUCCGCCACACCAGUCACAGAGGCGGCGUUGCACUGCUCAAACAGGCUGGCGACCCACGAAGGUCUGCCGACAAAGCAAGACGAACCGGUCGGCUCUGGUCGACCAGCGGGUGUUUACGUUUCCGCCUCAUCUUCCUCCUCUUCGUCAUUUUUGCCCUCGGCAUCCUCGACUCCGCUAGUCGCCUCGAGGCAUCAACCAUCGGCUUUCUCCCAUCGCUUUUCACACGCCGCGGGAUUGUAUCCAGGCCUCGAAUCGAUCGGCCUGAUUGGUCACUCACCUACUUCCGGUUCGCCCCAACCACUCAGCAUAGACUUGACCCCAGAACUUACCAACAAUUCUUAUUGGUUUAUUAUUUCGUUCUCAUAA